UCUCCUGAGUUUGUAAAGAUGCCUUGCCUCCUGAAAGACAUCCUCUGUGUAAUCAAGACAUUCCACAAGUAUGCCAGGGAGUAUGUUGGAGAGGCAACACUGACCUGCAGAGAGCUGAAACAGCUAAUCCAGAAUGAGUUUGGGGACAUUCUUCAACCACAUGCCAUUCAUGCUGUCGAGAGACACUUGAAUCUACUGGAUAUUGACAGUGAUAACAUCAUCAAUUUUGAUGAAUUUCCUCUUGCCAUCUUUAACUUGUUGAAUCCCUGCUAUCUUGACAUAUACUCAUUACUAAAUUCAGAACCAAGAAAAGUGUUUAAACCAGAGCACAAGCCAGAUGAUAUUGACCUUCAGGCAAUCAGUGAACUUAUCCAGCAGACAGAGGAAACUCCAACUCAGGACAAAAUGAUGCUUCCUUCAGAAAUGGCAUCAUCAGCUCAGUUUAGUCCUAAGGAAAGGGGAGCAGUUGGACACCAUAGGGUAGACCCACAGGGAGACACCAAGGCUCACAGACUGCCAGUAGAAGCAUCUGAACACAAUGACCCUAAGAACCGACACCUGGAAGGAGAUAAACAGAGCUAGGACAUGGCCCAGUUUGUAUCAGCAACAGGAGACAGGGCCCAGCCUGAGAUAAAUAAGCCAAUGUCAGGAUCAGAAUAGAUCGGCAGUCCUACAAAGGGGGAGGGGCGACAGGAGAUCCCCAGGGAGGGAGAUAUGCCCCCCAGGGAGCAAAGUGGCACAAAGAAGAGAGAAUUUGGAGAAUAGAAAGGGAACCUGGGAACCCAAAGUUUACCAGAAGAAAAAGCACAGAGGCCGUCUGCAGAUCAGGAAGUUGUGGCAGAAAAGAGUGUUAAGGAACACUCUAAAAUACAACCACCACCACUGCAAGAUGAGUCCAGUUCAGAGCAUGCUGACCUGCCAGAACAAGGUAGUGCCUGGAAACCAGUCCAGGCACAGAAAUCAACUGAUCCUGAGGAUGGUGGUAAAACACCUGAGACCCAGGAACCGUCAGAACAAGAAAAAGAACAUGAAAUGAAGGACCUACUAAUCAGACGUGACAGCAGAAAUGUUUCAGAAACACCCAGUGUUAGAGCUGAAAGGAAAGGGUGGAGGGGCCCUGGGACCCAUGGGACAGCAGGACAGGAAGAAAGCAAGAGGAAAACCCAGUCACCAGCCCUGGGAGACCAAACACAGAGCGGGAAGUAUCAGCAACUCCAGGAAUCAUCAAAAGAAUGGGACGCCAAAGAAGGUUCCAUGACACAAGAGUUAAACUCCGGAGGAGGAGAGCAGAAUCAUCCUGAUAUUGAAGGUGCAGCAACCCUGAGGGAAGAGGCGAGACACGGUGAGGAAGGCAUAGCAGAAGCACUUAUGGGCAGAAAGCAUGCCCCUGCAGCAGAAAGGACACCAGAAGCGACAGAAGGAAUAAAGGAGAUGGCACCACUUGAAAACGUGUUUGGAAAGAGUAAGAGGGUCACCAAGACUCAUGACAAACCAAUCAAGGAGGACAAUGGUUACCAGGGGGAGGAUCCUGAGCUAACAGUCACAUAGAAUGAUGAGGGGUCUUCCAAAACCCCCAAAAGCCUGACUCUAGAGGAUUGUAACAGCAGCUCAGAUACAACUGACCUCCCUGUGCAAGGGAAUUCCCAGAGCCAAGUAGACCCACUCAAACAGUCUGGGCAAAGAAGUCAUAAUAAUAACCCAUACAUCCGGAAACAGGUAGCAGUGGGUGAGAAAAACAGAACUCAGGAGCUGGUGGGGCUGGAAGUCAGAGGAGAGGAAAUUAAGGAAGACAGAAGAAAAGAGCUAGAGGUCCAGGGCUCAAGCACCAAAGAAAGAGAAGGUAAAGCACCAGAGAACCAGGAGGUUCUAGUGAAAAGUCUGGACAAGGGCAAUUCAGCCUCUCCCAAGACACACCUUAAAACAGAGGAACCUGCAACACUGGAAGAGGAUGAGAGCCACCAGGAGCUGGCAGGAGGAGGUAGUGACCAACAACUUCCAGCCAAGAGAGGACACAAUGCUUCAGUUCCCCCCUCAGGCCUUGAAAAGAGGAUGCAGAGGGAACAAGAACCCUGUUCUGUGGAGAGGGCUAUGGUCUACUGCAGUCCACUGUUCAGGCACCACAGUAAAUAGACACAACCCAAGAGGGCAUCAAAUCAAGCUUAGCCAGCCACAGUAUCAAACCCAGAGUUCUGCAACAAGUUAGAUACAUCCCUCAGCAGUGAAAUCUCAGAUUGUCCUGUCUUUUUCAAUGACAGCCAAGAAUUACAACUGUACAUUUGGCAACUUCUGUCUGAUGAGGAUCCUGCUGAUGCACAGCAAAUAUCAGCUCCCCAGGCCUUGGAAGAUAAGCAGGGCCAUCCUCAGAAGGAGGAACCACUACCACAAAGGGAGAUGAGCACAACAAUGCAUUGA